AAUCAACCAAUCAAAUCCCCCGAAUUCACGCACUGUACACAUACGCAACGUCAAAAGCCAAAAUGGAAACCACCAAAAACACUUGUAAACAAUUUUUUAGGAACGCCCAGCCAAAUUUCGGUUUCGUUUCGUGAACAAAACACUCAUUUUAUCGUCACACCCAAAGACUGAGUAAUUAUUUUAUUUAAUAUUGUAAUUUAUCUAGUUUCAAGUAUUGUUAUCCCAGUCACCCAUAGACCAUAGUAGUUCGUCAACGCAUCCGUCCAUGAUUCGCGAUACAAGCCUAUCGAUGACAACCUGAUCAAAAGAUUCGUUUCACCAGUGAUGUAAAUAGUGCUCGAAAAUGAUCGCGUUUUGGGGUAUAGUAACUUUCUUAUUAACUAUAAUAACUCAAAUCGGUGUAGAAGGACAAUACGAAUGGCAAGCCAAAGAUGCCUUCGAUGAAAUACGCAUCAAGUUGGACAAAGUGAACGGUGGAAAUUGUCGUAUACAACACGUCGAAGAUCUAGUCUUACCCGAUGACUCAGUAUCUCAUUUACCAGACAUCAAAGAUAUCAACGUUAAUCCAGUAUUCCCGAACAGAACAGCUCUAGUACAUUUGCAUAACUUGGCACUGAGCAGAUCGUUCUUCUUCAGUUACAUUUUGCAAGCUAGGUUCAUCAGACCGGCCAUAAAUGACACCUAUGAUCCUGGAAUGAUGUACUAUUUCCUGUCUACCGUAGCUGAUGUAUCGUCGAAUCCGUACAUUAACGGUAGUGCGAUAUAUUUCUCUCCUAAUAUGUCGUAUUCGUCUUCGUACAGAGGGUUCUUCAAUAAAACGUUUCCUAGAUUUGCUCCUAGAACUUUCAGAGCCGAUGAUUUCAACGAUCCUAUUCAUCUGGAACGAAUUUCUACUUUGAAUACUUUUUCGACGAUGGAUUUAGGAGCGAUUCCGACCGAUCGAUAUAGUGACGAUUACACAAACGAAUUAUACCACUCUCGAAACGACUGGUAUAGAGCCUGGUUACCGGAUACAGUCGCUGAUAAACGUCACGAUACCAAAACAACCUACCACGUAGAAAUACGAUACGCUAAUAAUACUAACGAAACGUUUACGUUUCAUGGACCUCCCGGAGCCGAUGAAAAUCCCGGCCCAGUCAAAUGGACUCGUCCUUAUUACGAUUGUAAAAGAUCUGAUAAAUGGUUGGUAGCUGCUGUAGCACCUGUUGCUGAUAUCUAUCCGAGGCAUACUGGUUUUCGACACAUCGAAUACCCAACAUACACCGCAGCUGUAGUAUUGGAGUUGGAUUUCGAACGUAUAGAUAUCAAUCAGUGUCCAAAAACCAAAGGUAACGAUGGGAAGAACCGAUUCGUGGAUACAGCUCGAUGUAAAAAAGAAACCACCGAAUGUGAACCUCUACAUGGUUGGGGAUUCCGAAGAGGAGGAUACCAGUGCAGAUGUAAUCCUGGAUAUCGAUUACCGAACGUUGUCCGGAGACCAUUUUUGGGUGAAAUUAUCGAAAGAGCUUCGAACGAAGAAUACUAUAAUGGUUUUGAUUGCUUGAAAAUUGGAUGGAUCCACAAAACACCCGUAAGAUGGGAUCGAGCGUCGAAAGUAGUCCGUGAAAAAUACCUACAGCAGCAUUACGAGUACAAGAAUUACACUCCUGGUCCCGGCUCCGUCCACGAUACUCAUAAAAAUAUCGACGAAGUGCUUCGUUUCAUUCAUAAAGUGAACGAAAACACUUGCAAACAGUACACUGCCGAACAGCUUCAGCUCACCGGAGAUUACGGUUUCGGUGCCAGAGAAUUCUUCUCUAAUCAAGCUCGAAUGGCUGCUCGACUCGCCAACUUUAUCAGCGCAUUUUUACAAAUUUCCGAUCCUACCGAAGUGUAUUCGGAGAAAAGAGUAGCCGAUAAACCGUUAACCGAAGAUCAAAUGAUAGCUGAGACUUUAUCCUUGGUUCUGGGCGAUUUCAAGAUAUUCUCGGCUGGAACUUACUGGGAUACUAAUAAAUUCACGAAUCGUACUCUUUUCGCCCCGUACGCUUAUAAGUUGACGAAUACGAAAACUUUCAAGGUCAGCGAUGACGCUGCUACGAGGAAUUUUAAAGUCGAAGAUUUAGCUCGAAUUACUGCUCCGAAUGACGUUUACACGAAUAAGAAAUUCUUCAAGGGUUUGAAACAACGUUGGUCGACCAAUUUCGAUAAUCUGGAGAAAUAUUUCAUCAAAAUGAGAGUUCGAUAUAACGAAAGCGGAGAGCAUUUGAAGAAAUACGAACAUUUUCCUACUUAUUACAAAGCUGCUAAUUUGAACCACGGAUACUGGAGCGAUCCAUAUUUCGAUUGCGAUGGUCAUGUCAAGAAAUGGCUGAUUAGUUAUUCGUCUCCUUUCUUCGGUUACGACAGUUUAAAGAAUAAAUUAGAAUUCAAAGGUGUAGUAACAGUUACAAUGGAUCUCUUGGCUUUGGAUAUAAAUCAAUGCACAGAUAAAUACUACGUUCCUAAUGCUUUCCGUGCUACCGAUAAAUGUGACAGAAAAACGUCAUACUGUGUACCGAUCCUUGGUCGAGGUUAUUACACUGGUGGAUAUAAAUGCGAAUGUUUACAAGGCUACGAGUAUCCUUACGAAGACCCUAUAACGUAUUUCGAUGGGCAAUUGAUGGAAGCGGAAUUCAGCAAUAUUGUAGCUGAUACUGCAACAAGAUUCGACAUGUUCCAAUGCAGAAUAGCCGGAGCAGCGAGCGUUUACAGUAGUACGAUUCUUCUAGUUAUGGCUUUAGCGAUGGUAUGGCUCAGGAUUCGAGUAUAGAUCUUGAUUCUUUUUCAUUAUUUUUAUUUGUACUUUGUAUUGAAUUGAUCUGCGAACUCGGUGUUCAUUUUUUAACGUUUAAAUUUGUGAUCAAUUAUUAUUGUAAGAUUUUAUUUCUCAGUAUUCGUUUAAGAUAAACGAUAUUUAGUUACUCGACAUGUUUUCAGUAUCGAUGGUAAUACAUUACACCAUUUCAAUUUGUGGUAGGUAAAAUUAAUUUAUUUAAAUGCAAUUAUCUCCGUCCUUAUGUUGAUAGAUAUUUUUUGUACUCGUAUUUUUUUCUAAACUUAAGACAAUGUAUCAUUUUGUACGCUUUUAUUUUUUGAUACGAUGUUUUACCAAAUGUUUUAUACUGUGUAUUUUGUAUGUACCAUGUUUUUGCACGAUUUUUCUGUGUAAUAUUAAAUUAUUUUUCGAGAA